AGUACGACAAGAAUGAUGCGUCCUUCACCAUGGUAGCCGUCUCCACAGCAAUACUCGUAUCAAAGUCCGACGCCGACGAGACGGAGUACGACCCAUUCGAACAUCGCAAUCUACGUCAUGCCACCACAGACUUUGAAACACUGGUGCACUUAAUGAAGGGAAGCCUCGGAUCCGGUAUACUAUCCAUGCCGCUGGCUUUCCUCAACGCAGGCUUGCUGUGUGGUCUAAUCGCCACGUGUGUUGUUGGCGUUAUCUGCACAUAUUGUGUGCAGACACUGGUGAAGUGUUCCCAUAUCCUCUGUAGAAGAUCCAAGGUCCCAACACUGAGUUUCUCUGAAACAGCAAAAACUGCAUUUCUCAUGGGCCCACCAAUUUUACACAAAUUUUCGGGAUUUUCUGCGGGCUGUAUAAAUACUUUGUUGGUUAUUGACUUACUGGGUUGCUGCUGUGUCUACAAUGUCUUUGUUGCAAGAAAUAUACAACAGGUUGUUGAGUUUUACAUAGUAAAAGACUGGCAAUUUCAGUAUUAUUUGCUAAUCAUGGCACCCUUAUUGAUCUUAAUCAAUUGGGUCCGAGAUCUGAAGUAUCUUGCUAUCUUCUCUCUGCUGGCAAACAUAUUGUUGACUGUUGGACUAGGAAUCACCUUCUACUACAUUUUUAGUGAUUUGCCACCCAUUAUUCACAGUGGUUUGCCACAGUUUUCUUCUUGGGAACAAUUACCACUGUUUUUUGGAACUGCCAUAUUUGCACUAGAAGGCAUUGGAGUGGUAAUGCCAUUGGCUAAUAAAAUGAAGACACCAGCACAUUUUGUUGGUUGUCCAGGAGUGCUGAACAUUGGUAUGACGAUUGUGGUUGCUCUGUAUGUGAGUGUAGGUUUCUUUGGUUACCUAAAGUAUGGUAGUACUACAGAAGCCAAUAUUACACUGAACCUACCAACAUCAGAAGUAUUGGCCCAGUUAGUUAAGAUCAAGAUUGCAGUGGCAAUCUUCUUCACAUAUGCACUGCAGUUCUAUGUUCCCUUUGAAGUCAUCUGGAACGCAUCAAAACACUAUUUUGGCUCCUACAGAUUGUUAGCUGAGUAUGCCUUAAGGACAGUUCUUGUUUUAUGCACAGUGGGUGUGGCAGCUGCAGUGCCAAACAUAGGACCUUUCAUCUCACUAGUUGGAGCUGUCAGUUUGUCUACUAUGGGCAUCAUAUUCCCUGCAAUUAUUGAACUGGCUACAUUCUGGGAUUCACCUGGUCUUGGUACUUGUUACUGGCACCUCUGGAAAAAUAUUUUAAUUAUUAUGUUUGGUGUGCUUGGCUUUGCCACUGGCACCUGGUCAAGUUUGAAAGAGAUAAUUGUAACAUUCUCACAGUUUGUGCAUCAUUGUGAUCAUAUGAUAAAUAUCUCUGCAGCCUUAAAUCUGGUUAAGAAUGGCAACUGCAUGUGCAACUUUCUGUUGGCUAUAAUUGGUGACACAAUUUGA